UUUGUCUACUUCCUCUAUCUUCCAUUUACCCCGUACUUUACAUCCACGAGCUCGGUUUCAGUCCUUCGAUAGCCUCCAUAGCGGAUACAGGCGGAGAAGCAGAUCAAACUGACAUUGAUUGUGAUAAUUAAUGUCUGCGUCCUGGAGAACUCUGUGCAUUAUCAUAGGAGUCUCCACAAAUCGUACGCGAGAAGAAAGAUCAUGAGGCCCACUUCUGGUAAAGAUCAUGCGGUCUAAUAUGCACUGUGACUUCGGCUUCUCUUCCUUCGACCUCUGCGAUACUUAUAAAACUGGAGCAGAUGCAAGACAUUCUGGCUUCUUUCGCAAGCAUGCUCUUCAAAUGGCCCAGUCGACCUGCUGCAGCCACCGCUGCUCUAGUCAUCGCAUCUGCCACUACCCCAGGUGCAUCCGAAUACUUUCAACCCAAUUCCACUGGUAUCAAGCUUCAGAAUGGAUAUGAACGCGUGUAUAUCCAGCCUUUUGGAAACCACGGAAUGCGUGUACGAGCAAGCAUUAUGCGGGAUCCCACUGGAAAUGAGUGGUCUGCUCUUCUUGAUCCACCCCUUGAAGGUCCCGGCGGUAAUAACGGCCUGAAUCACGAUAUAACUAUUUCGUACCAAGGCAACGCGACCAUUCGUAACGGAAACAUUGUCGUCUCUAUUAACCUGGGUAUUAUCUCAUUCUUUCGCGUUGAACCAAACGGGUCUACCACCUUGCUCACGAAAGAGUAUACCGACACCAAGGCGAUAGCUCCCAGAUUUUAUACUCAGGACUUCCGUUCUUCCAGUUUCCAAUCUCAAUUUGAUUUUGCCUCUGAUCCUAAUGAACAAUUCUACGGUGCCGGCCAACAAGCGUGUUGUCUCGACCAUAGUGUCAACAAGAAAGGUCAGGUUGUCGACCUCAUCAACUUCAACUCUCAUGUAACUCUGCCCGUGUAUAUGUCAAACAAGGGCUACCUACAAUACUUCAACAUGCCCAGUGAGGGAAGAAUCGAAUUUGGAACGUUUCGAACGCGCCAUGUAGCUAGCGAAGCUACUGCUGUGGACUACUACAUCACUGCGGCAUCUCCUGGAGAUUACGACGCCUUGCAAGAGCAAUUUACUGCUGUGACCGGUCGUCAACCUACUCCUCCCGACUUCAUCUUGGGCUAUCAACAAUCCAAACUGCGAUACUUCAAUCAAACACAGAUCCUAGACUUGGCUCAACGAUUCCACGAUGAACAAGUGAAUGUAUCCUUGAUCGUUGUUGAUUUCUUUGCAUGGAAGUUCCAAGGAGACUGGUCGUUCAAUCCGGACUUCUGGCCCGACCCCGCAGGAAUGGCAGCAACAGUGAAAGAAUUGACGGGAGCGGAGAUGAUGGUCUCUUUAUGGCCGAGUAUGGAGGACCUUUCUGUGAACUACCUUCCUACGCAGGAGCAAGGGCUGCUAGCAACGACUAGAGAUGGAACGGGAAUUUCGGAUUCCUUUGCGGGAGUAUAUACCCGUUUGAUUGAUUCUACAAACCCUGCCGCCAGAGAAUUUCUAUGGAAGCGAUUAAACGAUAGUUAUUACUCCGCCGGGAUCCAUAACUUCUGGAUAGAUCAAGCUGACGGAGGUACUUUGGGUGAAGCUUUCGAAAACAACGGGCAAGCAAUUGCCCAAAUUCCUUACGCUCGUGCCUUCAGUCAAUACUUUAUUGGGACACAAGAAGGUGCGGGCAAAAUGUAUCCCUGGUUCCACCAACAAGCUAUCAACGAGGGUUUCGCCAACCUUACUGGAAAAGACAUCAGCACUCAAUGCGAUCAUAUGUCCCUGACGCGAAGUACUUUUGUCGGCGGACAACGGUUUUGCUCGUAUCUCUGGAGCGGAGACACCGAGUCACGGUUUGAUGUGCUGUUGCAACAAAUCACGGUUGGAGUUUCGGUAGCGGCGUCAGGGAUUUCGUCAUGGACUUUGGAUAUAGGAGGGUUCGAGGGUUUAAACGUGGACACAGAUGAAGGCCGUGAGUUGUUUGUUCGAUGGCUGAGUAUGGGGGUCUUUUUACCAUAUAUGCGAGUACAUGGAGAUCGCUCUUGUAGCCUUCUUCCUGAUCCUCGACAGUCAUUCGCCAAUACAUGCCCAAAUGAACCCUGGUCAUACGGUGAAGCGAACUUUGUGAUAAUCAAAAAGUAUAUCGCAUUGAGGUAUCAGCUUAAACCAUACGUCAAAAUGCUUUUUGAAAUGCUACAACGAACUGGAAAGACAAUCAUGAGGCCUCUCUAUUAUGACUUUUCGUUGUCAGAUCCUUUUGUUGCAAAUGGAACGCAAGCCAACGACCCGACGAUCGUACACCAGUUCAUGAUGGGGCCUCGUAUUCUCGUCGCACCUGUUGGAGAGCUUGGUGUUACGUCAAAACAAGUUUACCUUCCUAUCCUCUCAGAUUCAGCCCAAAGCCAGGGACUCACUUGGACCCACUGGUGGACGGAAAAGAAUUUUGGGACUGGAGGAAAGCUGGUUACUGUCGAUGCACCAUUGGAUGAGAUACCGGUAUUCUAUCUGGGGUCCAAGAAUGAUAUUUUGAACGGUUCGCUCUAGCAACUUUCAAGUUGCAAGUAAUAUAUAUGAAUUAGUAUUGAUAAUUUUGUGGUCCUCG